CCAUUUUGUGAAUUAUUGGUUGGUGAGUGGAACCCAGACCUCACCAAGCUCUAGGGAAACGGUGUCUAGAUGGAAUUUUGUAUUUGUGGUUCUGGCAACGACCUUUUUUGGAACACCAUUAUUUUUGUCUUGCUCUCUCUCUAGUCUAGAACAAAGAUGUAUAAAGAAUGCAUUGUUUACCUUCCAGCUUCGAUUAAACCAUUUAAUCCAGACAAUUUAGUGAAAAUUCUGUAAGCAUACCCAUGUCAUUAUAUUUUGACAGUCUUUUCCGUUCUUGAUGUUGACUGAUGUCAUCCACGAACUCCAGCGGCCCCGCCUCUUCCUCCUCUUCCCCCAUAUGAUCGUCAUUCUCCACACGGCGUCUCUCCGCGGCCAUGGUAACAGCACCGUCUAACGGACUACUGCAGACAACAACAGAAACAAGUGCUUCUCUUUGAGACAGUUCCAGUACAGAGACAUUGUCCUCCAUUUAAGAUGAACCUGGCAGAGAUCUGUGACAACGCUAAGAAGGGCAGAGAGUAUGCUCUGCUGGGAAACUAUGACUCCUCUAUGGUCUACUACCAGGGAGUGAUCCAGCAGAUACAUAAACACGGCCAAGCCCUCAGAGACCCUGCACUCAAAGUCAAGUGGCAACAGGUGAGACAGGAGUUGUUGGAGGAGUAUGAGCAGGUGAAAGGCAUUGUGGGUACUCUGGAGAGUUUUAAGGUGGACAAGCCAGCUGACUUCCCCGUCCCUCAGUCUGAGGAGGGUCCCAGAGACCCUGCAGUGUGGCCCCCACCCACCCCUGCAGAGCACAGGGCCCCUACUGCAGUGAAGCGUCCUAACAGUGGGGUGAAACCCCAGCAGAGGAAGGACUCUCCAGGUAUGCAGCCCAGAGGGGCUCCGGGAGGGAGGGGCCAGACCAACCCUAAAACAGACCGGCCCGCCCCCAGGGACGCCCCCCGAGGCACCAAGGUCAGAGACGACAAGGGUAAGAAGAGCUGUAGCAGAGGGAGCAGGGAUGGAGAGCUGAAGAAGUUUGAUGGUUCGGGGUACGACAGUGACUUAGUGGAGGCACUGGAGAGAGACAUCGUCUCCCGCAACCCCAACAUACACUGGGGGGACAUUGCUGACCUGGAGGAUGCUAAGAAGCUGUUGAGAGAAGCGGUGGUUCUGCCCAUGUGGAUGCCAGACUUCUUCAAGGGUAUACGCCGACCCUGGAAGGGUGUGUUGAUGGUGGGCCCACCAGGGACAGGGAAGACCAUGCUGGCUAAAGCCGUGGCUACAGAGUGUGGCACCACCUUCUUCAACGUGUCCUCCUCCACGCUCACCUCCAAAUACAGAGGAGAGUCUGAGAAACUGGUUCGCCUGCUCUUUGAGAUGGCGAGGUUCUAUGCCCCGACCACCAUCUUCAUAGAUGAGAUAGACUCCAUUUGUGGGAGUCGAGGGAAGUCGGACGAACACGAAGCCAGCCGCAGAGUCAAGUCAGAAAUACUGGUACAGAUGGACGGUGUGGGGGGAGCUUCAGAGAAUGACGAUCCCUCUAAGAUGGUGAUGGUUCUGGCUGCUACUAACUUCCCCUGGGACAUCGACGAGGCACUACGGAGACGACUGGAGAAGAGAAUCUACAUCCCACUGCCUACAGCUGUGGGUCGUGCUGAACUGCUGGGGAUCAGUCUAAAGGAGGUGGAUGUGGCUGAUGAUGUGGACCUGGCUCUCAUCGCUGACAAGAUAGACGGAUACUCUGGAGCUGACAUCACCAACGUCUGCAGAGAUGCAUCUAUGAUGGCUAUGCGUCGGCGUAUCCAGGGCCUCUCUCCAGAGGAGAUCAGAGCUCUGUCUAAAGAAGAGCUUCAGAUGCCUGUCACCAUGGACGACUUCACAAUCACCUUGAAGAAGAUCUCCAAGUCUGUCUCCGCUGCCGACUUGGAGAAGUACCAGGCCUGGAUGGACGAGUUUGGAUCUGUCUAGAGAGAGGACACAGCACCAGGAGUGGAAGAAAGGACUGUAAGAGCAGAGGGGGAGAGGACCAGUGGGGAUUGGAGGGGGAGAGGACCAGUGGGGGUUGGAGGGGGA